AUGGCAUCGAGAGAGAAAGUCAGGGGUAGUGCCAUAAUACUUGGCUUUCGUCCAGAUGAUCCGUCUACGCCCCACAUCUUACUCUGCCAGCGCUCUCCCAAUGGUAUAGAUGACGAUGGAGAGCCGAAAAAGAAUGCCUUUCCUUGGACAUGGGAGACCCCAGGUGGUGGGGCACUGCCGGAAGACGGGACAAUUUUGGAGACCAUGGUGCGUGAGACUGCUGAAGAAACUGAAUUGGUACUCUGGGCCGCUUCGAGCCGAGUCUACCGUCGAGAAAUGAAGAGUCAACGUUUGUGGUCCGAUGGACAUGACGGGCCUCAUGGCUCGGAUCAGAAACCAAUCCGGCUGAGGGACGACGAACAUCUCGACUACGUUUGGGCUACAGAAGAACAAGUUCAAACCUGCAUGAUUUACGACCCGAGCGAUACGAACAAAGCAGGAAUUGUCAUGAUCCAAAGCAACAAAGAUGUUCUUCUGGACUUUUACUCGUGGCUGAAGGACGAUGGUGCUUGCAUGGAGUACCCUCUGCCCGAGCUGCCACUGCAGAGCGAUCAGAGAUAG